GUGUGGAAGUGUCACUGCUGUUCAAAUGGACUAUUUAAUGUUCUACCCGAACAUGUCUCUAGAUCAGAACUGAGCACCCUGGAAAGUAACCUUCUUGCCUCUAUUUAUUUGUUCAAUACGCCCAGCGGGAAUUCCAGCCCCAGUGUAUUUUGGAGUGGCCAUAGAUACCACUUGCCUGAAAUGGGGAAGCAAAAGAUGUGGGGGAAGAGGAGCAUGCAGACUCUAUGACUCCAGUGCACUCAGGUCUGAAGAUGGUUUGUUUCAAGUGACCCAUUUUGUUCUGAAGGGUCUGCAGUGGCACCUGGAUCUUCCUUCAGAAACCUGUUCUGUCUGUAGUUGGAGUUGCACAAACUGGUCACUCAGUAAAGGAACCAACCAUGACCGUGGAAACCAAACCCAGCAAUGUCAACGACUCAAAUCAGGAAACAGAACCUGACCAGGUUUUGGAUGAUGAAGUAAACAAAAAUCCACCAGUCAAAAAGAAGACUUCCUCUUGCACUGGAUUGAAGGCGUUCCUGGCUGCUUUAUCAUUCAGCUACUUCAGUAAAGCAUUGUCUGGUACGAUCAUGAAAAGUUCCAUCACUCAGAUUGAACGAAGGUUUGACCUGACAUCAUCUACUGCAGGUUUCAUCGAUGGGAGCUUUGAGAUGGGUAACUUGCUGGUGAUUGCGUUUGUAAGCUACUUCGGAGCUAAACUUCAUAGGCCCAAAGUAAUAGCUGUGGGAUGUCUUACUAUGGCUUUGGGAAGCUUUUUAUCAGCAUUGCCUCAUUUCUUCAUGGGAUAUUAUAAAUAUGAGACAGCAUCACAUACAACUUCUUCAGACAACUUAACUUCGAGCAUAAAUCCCUGUUCCUUACAUCAAGAUGUGAAUGACAGCAUGUUGGAAGUCUCACAAUCAGGUUGUGAGAAGGAACCAUCAUCAAAUAUGUGGAUAUAUAUCUUACUGGGAAACAUGUUACGUGGCAUUGGUGAGACACCAAUAACACCAUUGGGCAUCUCUUAUCUUGAUGAUUUUGCUAAAGAAGAGAAUGUUCCUGUGUACGUAGCAUGUUUGCACACAAUAGCCAUGUUGGGCCCGAUAUUUGGUUUCCUGUUGGGAUCUUUAUGUGCAAAACUGUAUGUCGAUAUUGGAUUUGUGGAUCCAGGAAGCAUCACUAUCACCCCACAGGAUUCCCGCUGGGUGGGUGCGUGGUGGCUUGGUUUUUUAAUAGGUGGAGCAAGCAGUCUCCUAUCUGCUAUUCCAUUCUGCUUCCUGCCAAAGAGUCUGAAAAAGCCAGAGGAAGCCAAUAAUGACAAAACUUCAUGUGGUCUCUUGGAAAAUACGAGUGCCAUGGGGAAUAAACUUAGGCCUGCAAAACCUAAGCCAAAGAAGUUGUCAGCAAUGAUGAAAGAUUUCUGUACCUCCCUGAAAAAAGUAUUGAGUAAUCGAAUGUACUUUACAUUAUUAUGUGCCUCACUGUUACAGUUCAGCAGUUUUAUUGGUUUCUUGACCUACAAACCAAAGUACAUGGAACAGCAGUAUGGACAAUCUACAUCCAAAUCUAACUUUCUAAUAGGAGUGACAUCCUUACCUCCUGUAGGUAUUGGAAUUUUCCUAGGAGGGCUUAUAAUGAAAAAGUACAAAAUGGGCAUCGUUGGAGCAACCAAGUUCUCAUUUGCCAUGUCAUUUUUGUCCUAUGCUGUCAGUUUCUUGCACUUUUUUGUUGGCUGUGAUAACUAUGUGGUGGCAGGAAUGACAGUGUCCUAUGAGGGAGUCAAACCCAUUCCAUACAAUGAAAAUUCCGUGUUUUCUGAGUGCAACUCUCACUGCCAUUGUGCCUCCAAUGUGUGGGAUCCUGUGUGUGGAGACAAUGGAAUCACAUAUGCUUCGGCGUGUCUGGCUGGGUGUGAGUCUUCGGUGGGACAUGGAAAGAACAUGGUCUUCCAUAACUGCACCUGUCUUCAAUUGAGCAGUUCAUGGACAGGAAACAACUCUGCCACCUUAGGGCAGUGUCCAAAAAGUGAAGAUUGUUCAAGGAUGUUUAUUUAUUAUACAGUAAUACAAGUCAUAGGUGGGUUUUGUUACGCACUGGGAGGCACUCCAGCAUACACCAUUAUGUUUAAAUGUGUUCAGCCACAGUUGAGAGCUCUUGCAGUUGGUCUAUACACACUCAUUUUGAGAAUGCUAGGUGGAAUUCCAGCACCAGUUUAUUUCGGAGCAGUGAUCGACAAGACAUGCUUGAAAUGGGGAAGCACAAGCUGUGGGCAGCGAGGGGCUUGCAGGCUCUAUGACUCCAAUGCACACAGGUAUGUCUUCCUUGGUUUAGCAGCAGUGUUAAGAGGUCCUUCCUUCUUGAUUGCAAUCAUUUUUUAUAUAUUGGUAAAGAAACACUUUCAGAAUAAGAACUCCAAGACUAUAGAGAAUGGACGAGAAGAUGUUUCUAUGAAUAAAGAAGAUAAUUGCAAGGUCAAAGAACGUUUGCCAGGUGCUUCUGAUGCAGAGAAUGAAUCCUCUAUUUAG